AACAAUCAUGGCGGCGACGGCGGUGGUCUGGCAACCCCGAGACGACGGUCUCGCCGAGAUCUGCGCUCUUCUCGAACAACAGAUUUCUCCUUCCUCCGUCGUCGACAAGUCUCAGAUUUGGCAGCAGCUUCAACACUUCUCUCAGUUCCCUGAUUUCAACAACUAUCUCGUCUUCAUCCUCGUUCGCGCUGAGGGCAAGUCCGUAGAGGUUCGCCAAGCUGCUGGAUUACUUCUGAAAAAUAAUUUGAGGGGUGCUUAUCCAUCCAUGGUUCAAGAAAACCAAAAAUACAUCAAGUCAGAGUUGUUGCCUUGUCUGGGAGCAGCGGACAGGAAUAUACGGGCUACAGUUGGAACUAUCAUCAGUGUUAUUGUGAAUAUCGAAGGAGUUUCUGGAUGGUCUGAGCUUUUGCCAGCUCUUGUUACUUGCUUAGACAGUAAUGAUCUAAAUCACAUGGAUGGUGCGAUGGAUGCAUUGUCAAAGAUUUGUGAGGAUAUCCCGCAUGUCUUGGAUUCAGAAGUGCCUGGCUUAGCAGAGCGCCCUAUCAACAUAUUCUUGCCUAGGCUAUUUCAGUUUUUUCAGUCACCCCAUGCUUCACUGAGGAAGCUUGCCCUGGGUUCUGUGAACCAAUAUAUCAUAAUAAUGCCUGCUGCUUUGUUCCAUUCAAUGGAUAAGUACCUUCAGGGUUUGUUUGUCCUCGCCAAUGAUCCUGUAGCAGAAGUCAGAAAAUUGGUCUGCGCAGCAUUUGUGCACCUCACGGAAGUCCUCCCCUCAUCUAUAGAGCCGCAUCUCAGGAAUCUCAUGGAGUACAUGUUACAAGUUAACAAAGACCCUGAUGAAGAAGUGUCUCUCGAAGCAUGUGAAUUUUGGUCUGCAUACUGUGACGCUCAGCUGCCGCCAGAGAACUUGAAAGAGUUUCUGCCACGCCUAAUUCCAGUGUUGCUUGAAAACAUGGCUUAUGCAGAUGACGACGAGUCCCUUUUGGAUGCAGAGGAAGAUGAGUCUCAACCAGACAGAGAUCAGGAUUUGAAACCUCGUUUUCAUACAUCAAGACUUCAUGGUUCAGAGGAUUUUGAUGAUGAUGAUGAUGAUGAUGACUCGUUUAACGUGUGGAAUUUAAGAAAGUGUAGUGCAGCAGCUAUUGACGUGCUCUCCAAUGUAUUUGGAGAUGAAAUCCUUCCAGCACUCAUGCCCCUAAUUCAGACAAAAUUGUCAGCUUCUGGUGAUGAGGCCUGGAAAGAUAGGGAAGCUGCUGUUUUGGCUCUCGGGGCUAUUGCUGAANAGCUACCUGUCAAGGUCUUAAGAAAUCUUUUUGGUAGUUUAAGAUCACUGAAAAAGAAUCCUGGUGUUGGUUGGUCAGCUAGAAGGCCAAAAAUUCCUGAAAGUGCUACUAAUAGUAGGAGAUUUGAUAUAGAUCAACAUCCUAACGCCUUAUUUCUGCAGAUUGUAGCAUUUCUUCUUCCUCUUUUAGAUGAUAAAUUCCCGCUCAUACGAAGCAUAUCUUGCUGGACGCUUUCUCGAUUUGGCAAGUAUAUUAUCCAGGAAAGUGGCAAUCCGAAGGGUUAUGAACAGUUUGAGAAAGUGCUUUUGGUUCUUGCCGGUCUUCUUCGCAAACUCUUGGAUAAUAACAAGCGGGUCGAGAAGGCCGCCUGUUCAGCUUUUACAACUCUUGUAAAGGAUGCUGGUGUAGACUUGGUGAAAUACCUGGAGGUAAUGCUAGAACAUAUUAUAUGCGCUUUUGGAACGUCUAAGAGGGAGAACAUCAGAAUUGUUUAUGAUGCAAUUAGAACACUGCCAAUGGUUGUUCGAGAAGAGCUGAUAACUAAGCCUGGUUAUCUUGAGAUUAUGAUUUCCUCACUGGUUGCAAAAUGGGAACAACUUUCAAAGUCAGAUAAAGAUCUAUACCCAAUGUCAGAAUGCUUUUUAUCAAUUUCUCAGGCUUUAGGUGCCAGAUUCAUUCCAUUUGCCCAGGCUGUUUUCAAGAGAUGCAUACGAAUCAUGGAAAAGCAAAGACUAACUAAGGUUGGUCUUGCUGCUGCUGGGGUUCAGUAUGAUAAGGGGAUUAUCGUUUGGUCUCUUGAUUUUCUUUAUGACCUUGCUGAAGGGCUUGGGAGUGGGAUAGGGUCACUGGUUGAACAAAGUAAUUUAAGAGUUAUGCUUCUUGGCUAUUGCUUGGAUAAUGCUUCUGAUGUCAGAGAAAAAGCUUUUGCCCUUAUGGGAGUUCUUGCAAGAGUAUACCCGGUCUAUAUACAACCCAACCUACGUGAGUUCCUCGAAAUCACAAGCAAGCAACUGAGAGCAAACGUUAUUAGAGAAAAUGUUAAUGUCGCGACUAAUGCUUGUUGGGCCAUUGGAGAAUUAGCUGUCAAGGUUUGUCACGAAGUCUCACCAUUCGUGACCAGUGUUGUCUCUUCCCUAAGCUUGAUUCUUCAACAUGGAGAGGGUGUCAAUAAGGCACUAGCUGAGAUCAGUGCAAUUACACUUGGGAGACUAGCAUGGAUUCGUCCAGACCUAGUCGCACCGCGCAUGGAGCACUUCGUGGAACCAUGGUGCAAGAAAUUGUCAAAGUUAUAUGAUGGCACUAAGAAAGAAGAUGCAUUUAGAGGGUUAUGUGCUGCGGUUAAACUGAAUCCAUCAGGAGUUGCUAACUCAGGUCAUUUCAUAUGUGAAGCCAUUGCGAGUUGGCACGAAAUAAAAAGUGAGGACUUACAGAAAGAAGUUUCCCAAGUGUUGAACGUCUUUAAGAAUAUGCUGGGAAGAAGUUCAUGGGAGAAAUACAUCUCUUCUCUGGAUCCUCUUGUAAAGGAAAGGCUUGCGAGAUAUAAUGUGUAAAAUUUGA